UUCGAACCCAACAGGAGUGCAAGUCUGACUCUCCCGGGAGAAGGACCCAGGUCCUCCCUCCUCCUUGCCAUUACUUCCGCCAAAAUGUUCGACGUUUUUGGUAUUAUCCGUCGGUUACUCAAAAUCGAUCAGACUAGAAUAGAUAAUGUGAUCUUUUGUUUACAUUACAAAGCGACAAUGGUGAUUUUGGUGGCGUUCAGUUUACUGGUGACGAACAAGCAGUAUUUUGGUGACCCGAUCGACUGCAUGGUGGGCGCCAUAAACAGUCACACCAUCGACAUGUUUUGCUGGAUCCAGUCGACGUACACGAUACCGUCGUUGACUGGUGCCGUGGUGGGGGAGGAGGUGGCUCACCCAGGUGUCUCCAAUCACGAUGUUGUAAGGCUACCUGUCAUUAACGGCGACGACGGAGCCCGUGAGCAGUACACCAUCAAGCACCACACGUACUACCAGUGGGUCACCCUCGUCCUCUUUAUCCAGGCUGGUAUGUUCUAUGUUCCGCGUUACAUGUGGAAAAGCUGGGAGGGCGGACGAGUGAAAGGAUUGGUAAACGAACUCAAUCUCCCCAUUCUGUCCUCUGAUCUGAAAAGGGCACGCAUGACUAUCGCCGUCGACUACUUCAGAAGGAAUCUCCAUCAUCACAACCUCUAUGCUUACCAGUUCUUCGUCUGUGAGCUGCUCAACUUCGUCAACGUGGUCGGCCAGAUCUUUUUAACUGACAGAUUCUUGGACUUCGGGUUCUCCGAUUACGGACCGAGGGUGGCGCAAUAUACCAUGGACUCAAGCAUCGGUCAUGACCCAACGGACGAGAUCUUCCCUAAGGUGGCCAAGUGCACCUUCCACAAGUUUGGUCCUUCGGGAACCAUCAUGCGCCACGACGCUCUCUGUGUCUUGCCACUCAACAUCCUCAACCAGAAGAUCUACACCUUCCUCUGGUUCUGGUUCGUGGUGGUGGCGAUCAUCUCCGCUUUUGGUCUCCUCUACCGCCUGGCCACCUUAACCUCAAGCUUCCGCCAUCUCCUCCUCCGGGGACGCUCUCGCUUGGCCUCCGCAGAAAAGGUGGAGUCCAUCUCCCGCAGGUGCCAAAUAGGAGACUGGUUCAUUCUAUAUCUCCUGGCUAAGAACAUGGACCCAUUCGUGUAUAAGGACUUCGUCAACGACCUGAGCGAAAAGUUGGGUGAUAAAGAGCAUCUUUCCUAGUGGGGGUCAACCACAAAACACAGACGGCAACCAGGACUUCUCUGUGUUAUGCUACAUUCACCACAUUCCACCACAGAUAUCUAUGGGUGAUUCUUCCAUACUCUUAUCACCAGUAAGUAAGGUUAGGUUUGCCGUUCUAUGCCACCAAAAAGUCUAUCAGAAACCAUUACAUUUGAAUAUGGUUGAGUUUGCCCGUUUCCGUCCUCGUUAAAUCUGCCGCAUUCAAUCAGUGUUAACUACAGCUGAUCCAUAGUACGUUGGCGUUUACCAUGACACUUGUCUAAAUUUCUAUGAAUGUUUCUUGUAUGUCUUACUUCUGUUGAUCAUCUCAUUUUAUAAAUGAGUUGUUUAUGCCGACCAAAGAUGGGUGCGAAAUGUAUCAAGAGUUUGUAUACCCGCUCUUGUGCAGAAACAUUAUUAGAAUGAAGUAUGUAAUUCCAGUGAUAAUUUAUAAUACAUUAUGAUUCGCCA